GGGCAACUUUGGCGUGGAGAGUUUGUGAGAGGGAGGAGAGUUGGGUGUCUUGACUAUCAUAUUGAGAUGGUACAAGUGGCCGGAAGGUCAUCGACGAAAAGCCGGUGUCGGAUAUCGAAUGAGGCAUUGUUGGGCGCAGGACUUGGCAUGUGCGUCAAGAGGGGGGCAGCCACAUAUGAUUAGCUGGCCUGGUCUGAGCGACAUUCAUAGACAUGGAAGGGGCCUUACGGAGGAAUCAGCAAAGCAACUGUUCUCUGCAUUGUGUUGGUGUUGUCCUGGUGAUGGAGCAUGCAUGUUCGUGCUCUCUCUCUCUGUCGCUACCAAGGACUCGUCUUAUCCACAAAGGGAAACAGGCAAUGCAAACCAUUUUGCCCAUGUGUGCGUAAACAGAUCGGAGACGGAGAGGGGGGAAAGGCUAAGUCAAAGAGCAUGAUGCCCUUCGUCACCCCUUUCCCUCUCCUGCCUGAGGGUUGAACCCCAGGCCUGCAUCCUAACUGCUAACUGCUCUCAGCAUUGUCAACAAAGGGAGCAGAUCAGGCACAGGGCAUGCGUUGCAUUUCCAUCUCACCGAGGCUUUAUGCAGCAGCACGUAAACAUGUGGUGGAAAUCGGUACAGCUGUCUCCCGGUAGAGGUGCCACAUUCGGACAUGUGGCACCCGCUUGCAGCCAAUUGUGGGCAAGCUGGAGGUGCAGACUUCAUGUUCCCGAUCUGUGCUUGCUGGAGGUUGUUGUAAGAUGUGGUCCAGAUCUGCUUAGGAGGGGGAGCUCGAUGCCUGUACUUGCCUCAACGGAUUCAGUGUCUUUGUUGCCUCCAUACAAGGCUAUCAAUCGCUUCUAUAGUUAUGGAGAUACGCAAUUGCUGCCAGCCGUCGCAUCCAUCCACAUCAGCGGAUCAGCUUCCAACUCCCUCGCGACUUUGGAUGGCCAUCUGGAACCCCCCCGGAUAUCAGCGUCUGCUGGGCGGGGGGGGGACGUGGGUCCCGACCGGGGAUCUUAUUCGAGUCGAUCCACACACCGCUGCUACUCCUCAGAGAUGAACAUGCAGAGUGGAAGGAAUGGAGUGGGGUGUUGCUGCAGAAGACCCGUUCUCCAAACCACUGGUUAUGAUAAGGUGGCCCUUAUUCCUAAGGGCAGCAGACAGGAGGCCUGUAAUGUCAAGGGGGGUUCGCUGCUCAGACAGCUCGCUAGACGUCUUUAUAGCACAACAACAAGACGGGCGCCUCAGAGAAAGGAGGACCAAGUCCCGGCAUGGGUGCAACGGAAAUGGGGCCUGGAAGGGAAAGAUGGGACACGUGGUCUGGAGAGGAAAGGGGGACUGGACGAGGGGUCAGGUGUGAAAAGAAGGCUAUUUUUGAGGAAGCCGGAUCGGGAACGCGAUGCAGCACCCUCGGUGAAAGCUGAGAGGUUCAGCCGCCCGGCAGCAGAUGUGACGGGCUCCUCACUGCCACAGAGAAGGAGAAAUGAGGCUGGAGAAUGGAGGGGCUCACAUCGGGCUGCAAAGGGGGAAGGGUUCCAGGAGGGCUGGCCGGAGCGCAAUGGACGAGAAAGGAGAGGGAGAGGAGGCAAGGGAUCUGCUUUUAGUCGCAUGCGAGACGGUGGUGGUCCAGCGGCGAUGAGAGGGGGGAAAUGGGAGAAGUAUGGCCUGAAGAUCCCUCGGCGCAGGGAAUGGGAUAGUCAAAGGCCGGGACCUCGUGCGGGCCCCCCAAGGGAUGGAGGGAGACAGGAGACAUAUAACAGGAGAAAAGGGUGGACAAGUGGUGGUGGGCCAAGGGCCUUUCCUCCCUUAUCCCCAGGAAGCAACACGGAAAAGGAUGCCUCUUGGAACUCGAGGAGGAGGCUGAAAACAGAUGGCGACAGAAUUGCCGUGGAGCGAAUGGAUGCAGUGAGAACAGCACCUACUGGGAAUCGCCGUGAGGAGAAGUGGCUUGCCCGGCGAAGGAGGGAGGAGGGACGACAGAGGACCAUGGAACAAAAAGGAGGUGUGAAUGCAACGUCACCCCAGAUGCGCAUGGAGCUGAAGCCAGUUAGAUCAUCAUUUGGUCCUCAAUGGGAGAGCACCUUCAAGGGCGCAGCCUGGCGACGGGACAUUGAGCUGGUGUCAGAGUGGAAUCUCCUGAUGAAAGGGGUGGUGUUGGAUGUCAGAAGUGGGGUCCCUGUGUCCGGGCGAUUGAACAAGGUCAGCGAAAGGUUGGGUCUACAGGAAACAACCAGUCUGACUAAGGGCUUAUUGGUGAAAGGAGAACCUCGGGCAGCCCUUGCGGCUUGGAACUGGGCAAGAGGCAUGCCAUGGUACAUUCCGGAUCGGGAGCUAGAUUCGUGCUUGAUUGUUUCCCUCUCAGAGAGAAGCGGCGGCGUUACCGAGGGUGUCGGAGAAGUUCUGCAUGCCCUGCGCACAGCUAACAUGAUCCCUACCGUCGAGGCUUAUGAGGCGAUGAUCAGCAUGUAUUGCAAAAAGCUGCAGUACCCCAAGGCUGUGGAGAUGUAUUCACAUAUGUGUAGGAACAGUGAGUUUCAACCCUCCAAAAACAUGUGCAAGUCCGUGCUUCUAGCAUGCCGAAUGAACGGCGGGCCCUUGGAUACUGCACGAGAGGUAUUUGAGAAAAUGUGUAAGCAGGGAUUUGUGGUGUCCAGGGAUGACUUGGCACACUUGGUGGGUGUCUUUGGUUGUGAAGGGAAGAUGGAUGAAGCAGAAGAAUUUGUGGGAACAGCACUGAGCAGUGGAGAGGAGAGCUGUAGCAUGAAGGGGAAACCCGAUGAGGAGGAGAUUCUGAUGUCCCUUUUGGUUGGAAGUGGUAGGUGGGGGGAACCUGCUCAUGCAGAGAAAUACUUCACAAAGAUUGAAGAAGCUGGAUUUGUCCCCACGUGGCGAGCCUAUGCUGCUGUCAUAGAAGCAUAUUCGAGGGCGGGUGCUUUGCAAGAUGCUCUGUCUGCCCGUGAGCGAGCCCGAAAGGAGGGUGAAAAGUUGGGACUCUUUGCUUUCGAGCCAUUGAUCGAAGCGUAUCUGAAGGCUGGGAUGGUCGAUGCCGUAGAGAAUCAGCUUCUGCCUGAUAUCCUCAAUGAAGGGAUCUCGCGAGUCGCUGUAGGCAACAAGCUGAUAAGGAUGUAUGGAGAACAAGCCAUGUUUGACAAGGUGAAGGCUACCUAUGACGAUUUGGUUGAGCGCGGGGAGGAGCUUGCGUGGCCAACGUACAAGGCGAUGAUGGAAGUAUAUAUCAACUCAGGGAUGUGGAAAGAAGCACGUAAAGCGGCCACAACUGCAUUGGACCAGAGGCUUGUGGAUCCUGAGAAAGUGUAUGUGCGAUUAAUCUCGGACUGUGUGAGGGCAGGCCAGUGGGGGCAGGUCUUAGAGUUGCAUCAUGAGGCUUCACGAAUGAUGGAAGUGCUUCCUGCAUAUGUUACUUACGGGAGAAAGAUGGCCUUAGCUUCUCUGAACCAACAUGUGUCCAUGAAUGAUGCCGGGGCCCAAGGGCCAGAGGGUGAUUCCCUUUCUGCAGGAGACACGACAAAAGUUCUCUCUCUUUCUGACGAUCAGAAGCACAAGCUCAUGGGAUCGAUCAUGGGAGGUGCCACUGUGGAGCCCAGAGGGUCUGGGGAGUAUGUUGUAAUGUUUGAGCAAGAUCAGAGCAGACCGGGUGCAAAGGAUGUCAUCCGGCAUCUUCAUGAGGCGCUCCAGGAUUGGGCGGCGUCAAGGCCGAGGGAGUAUGAGAAGUUCGUGGAGAAAACGGUGGCAACAACGGGCAACGAAAGCACGGACAACGAAGAGUGCAUUGUCAAAGUGUGUAGGAAGUAUUUCGGCUUUGAAACAAAGCCCUCGCCGGCUUUCCGGUACUUCUAUUGCCAUUUUUAUGACUCGAAUGGCCAGCGCCGCAUCCCUCGAAACGUAGGCGCUUUGCUGCAACCCCACAUGAUUGCCUAUUGGCUGAUGUAUGGAGGGCGGACAGGAGAUGGGGAAGUUGUGCUGAGUUCGCAUGGGUAUUACAAUGCGAGUAACACCGAGAAGCUUCGGCAGCUCAUUGAAGGUCUGAAUCGUAGAGCAGGGGACAACAUCCUGAAGAAAGAUAGUUUUCUCAGAGUCAAGGGGGAUGCUGCGAAACGGUUACGGGAAAGAGUGAAGUCAUUUUUGAUUCCUGAGAUCUGUGCGUAGAUCGCACAUUUAGCGUCAACAAAACCGAACUGUAGGCGGAAGAGGCAAGUAAGAGGCCAACACAAAGAGAGUUUUUAUUUUAUACCCAACUUCCACAACUUUGAUCGCAGAAUUUUUUUUUUUUUUUUUUUUUUUUUUUUUUGAUGGCGGAAUUCAGGUGUGUGCUGGACGAGAAAGAGCGUUAAGGGUAAAAAAGAUUAGCAAGCCACUGCAGUUGUGAUCAGGGAGGCAAACGUAAACGAAUAAUUGACUGGCAAAUUUGGGUGGACUGUGGAGGCACAAAGUUCAGAAAGUUCCUUUCUUUAGGGCCAAAAAAAAGUCAUUGUGGCUGUGAGCGGCAGGAGGCUGUAGAUCUCAGGCUCCGGGGCUCAGGACCACAGGUGCAGAUGGGCAAAGGGAGUUUUCGAACCUGACGUCACACUACAUCUUGCAGCCUCCCAGGAUUCCGGGAGGCGUCUAUUUUUCUGUAGUGGCCUUUGUGGCCUGGCAUGAUGACAAUUAUUGUUUUGGUAGUCGCAGACGCAGACCUGUGUGCCGUUUUUUUCCCAAUAUGCAGUGGUGGUUUAACUGAAGGGCUCAUCAGGACCCAAAAUGUGUGGCGAUGUGAACUUGAACCGCAUGUACGUUUCCCAGCUAAGGAAUCAAAUAUGCGGCUUGCA